AUGGACAUUUCCCUCGAUACGAGCAUGCUGUCUAGGCAGAAAACAAGGGCAGGGCAGGGCAGCCGACGAUUGGCCUGCCUCAGCUCCCAUACGAAACAAUGGCACAGGAAAUGGGAACACAACUGCGCCUCCGGAGGGUUCAGAUGGGAGGAAGUCAGUCCCCGAGAGCUGUGCGAGUCCCAGCGGGAGGGUCUCGUUGCCCUGCAUGAGCUUGCCAUACUCCCAGAAUCACUGAAACGUCCAGGAAACAAUGGCACAGGAAAUGGGAACACAACUGCGCCUCCGGAGGGUUCAGGAAACAAUGGCACAGGAAAUGGGAACACAACUGCGCCUCCGGAGGGUUCAGGAAACAAUGGCACAGGAAAUGGGAACACAACUGCGCCUCCGGAGGGUUCAGGAAACAAUGGCACAGGAAAUGGGAACACAACUGCGCCUCCGGAGGGUUCAGGAAACAAUGGCACAGGAAAUGGGAACACAACUGCGCCUCCGGAGGGUUCAGGAAACAAUGGCACAGGAAAUGGGAACACAACUGCGCCUCCGGAGGGUUCAGGAAACAAUGGCACAGGAAAUGGGAACACAACUGCGCCUCCGGAGGGUUCAGGAAACAAUGGCACAGGAAAUGGGAACACAACUGCGCCUCCGGAGGGUUCAGGAAACAAUGGCACAGGAAAUGGGAACACAACUGCGCCUCCGGAGGGUUCAGGAAACAAUGGCACAGGAAAUGGGAACACAACUGCGCCUCCGGAGGGUUCAGGAAACAAUGGCACAGGAAAUGGGAACACAACUGCGCCUCCGGAGGGUUCAGGAAACAAUGGCACAGGAAAUGGGAACACAACUGCGCCUCCGGAGGGUUCAGGAAACAAUGGCACAGGAAAUGGGAACACAACUGUGCCUCCGGAGGGUUCAGGUGACUUUUGUUAUGGAGACCCUUGUGGAAGCAAAUUAGCUAAAUGUGUUUCUUUAGCUACUCGUUUUAACUGCCUAUGCCAAUACGGAUUCUACUAUAGCAACAAGGAUUGUCACAGAGGGGAAGUAUUCCCAGGGGUCAUUACAGUGACAAGAGCUUACAGCGACAGUGUUCAAAUUGUAAAUUCCACAGAGUACAACAAUCUGUUCAUGCUUAUAACAAACUUUUUUGAGAAUGCCUUCAGAGAUUUCAAAACCUAUCAACAGACUGUCAUCCUGAAAAUUCAACUUCCAGAAGCCAGAGCUCCUUCAGUGAGUGUAACAGUGACAAACCUGUUCAGAGAGAACUCAAAUGUGACCAAUGUGACAGUUCAGGAUGCAGUAGAUAAGGCAGCAGAAAAUUUGUCUGAUAUCGAGGAUUACAAAGGUGCAAGCUAUUGCUCUGCUUUUAAUUGUGAUAGUCAAACCACUGAAUGCAAAGAAAUGAUGUUCCCAGAGUGUAUAUGCAAAACUAAUUUCACAAAGACAGAAUGGGAUGAUCGUUCUUGUUCGGACUGCAAAGACUGUUCUGAAGUAGACAAGAAGUACUGUGUAAAAGAAAAAGGGGUUCCAACAUGCAAAUGCUUUCCUAACUUUAAAAAGAUGGAGGAUGGAACGUGUGUAGCUUGUUCAGUGGGCUUCUCUGGGGAGGAAUGCAAAAACGAUAGUGAACUCAUCCUUAUAAUAGUGGGUACAGUGCUUGGAGCUAUUGUCCUGAGUUUGUUGAUAGCUAUAUCCAUUGUUUCAGUAAGGGCCAAACACAAAGAAGACCCAGAGAAGAAGACUCUCAUAAACUCAGAAUAUUCCAACCCAAAUACUUCUGGAGGUAGACCAACCAUGAUGUUCCCCAGAGUGCAGACCACUUCUGGCCACUCUAAUCCAGGAUAUCAGCCAAACAACCCAUAUGAGACCCAUUCCACAAAGAGAGGUCGCUUUGCGGAGAGGGAUUAUGAUGAUUUGGAACCUGAGGGCUUCAGGAUGCAGAACAGAUAUUAAGCAAGCAGAGCAGUAGAAGGAUGGACAAUCACCACGACAAAGGAUCAGACCAAAUUGUUUCACAGCCUCUCACCAAUGCAGCUACUUCAGCAGAAGAGACAAGAAGUCCAUAACCCCAGAUUCUCUGAAGACUUUCUAAAGGAAAAAGAUCCCUGCAUGAAAGAGAUCAUGGGCAACUCUCUGAAAUAGGGGGAAAAUGAAGCAAAGGGUAGGGAGAAGAAAAAAACUUUUGCAAGAACUAACUAGCUCCAAUAAACAAUAGACUUCUUUUAGGAGAUCAGAGUGUAGACAAGAUACCUGCUGUCUUUAAAUCCUUCUGAAAGAUGGCCCAGACAAUAUGUGCUAUGCUGAAAAAUGUCCAUAUCCAGAGCUUUGUCUGUAUUUGUGCUUGCUCUUUCAGCUACAGGCAACCUACAUGGCUUGGGGUGAUCAAAACUGUUCUUCAUGAGAACCUAAUCUGUUUCUCUACACUAUAUAUGAUACAAUCUUUUCCCCUUUCUCAGUGUCCCAAUAUUUCCUACCUGAAAGCAUUCUCUUCAGCCCUCUGCUGACAUGUGUUGUUGCAGAAUGCUGUUUACCUUGCCGCGGGAACGUGGUCAAGGCCCCACAGAUCAAUGUGAUCAAGGCGAUGCCACAUGGACUCCAGAUGAUUCAAUGUGAAUUAUGCCAGCGACCUUUACUGAUCAUUUUGGCUCUCAAUAUAUACCCUCAGGGCCACAAGGCACAUGCCUACACAUUAGCAUAAUUAGUCAAGGACAACCCACUCCAUCAGUAUAAACCACGCCUUGUUUUCCUCAUGAACGAGGUGUCCAUUAUCCUUUCUGGGAUAAGUUAGCCAGCAGCUGGUGGGAACCAAGGUCAGCAUCUGCCUGCUUUUAUCCUUCUUCACUUUGCAUUCCUGCAAUGUGUGAGGCAAUAGUACUGCCUGACUUUUCGUGCAGCCUUCCUUCCCAAUAUAUAUAGUGACAAGAAACAACGUCUUCAACCAAACACUCGCUGCUGUCCUCUAGCUUGGACAACUAGGCUGAUUUGAUAUUCUCAGCUCCUGUGAAAAACAUUAAUUGUGGGCUUGGUUUGUUUUCCCCCUAUUUCAAUUCUUUAUGUUUUGUCUGAAUGGUCUUCAGGUGAUUUUUUACUUUUGUUUUUUUUCUUUUCUCUCCCUCUCUUUUUUUUUUUACAUACACUCAAUAAAUCUGCCUCUAAAAGAACCUACAUUUUACUGGAAUUUACUGACUGUGCCUUAUCUAAUGGCUAGUAUUAACAUUUCCUUAUAUAUUAUAUAUAUGCAUAAAUAUGUACAUAUAUUUAUAGAUUAAAUUCAUUUAAAGCAUUGUUGAAUUCCAUGUUAUAUUUAGCGUUUUGGCUUUUAUAUAUGCAGAUUCACUUUGCUAUUAAACAUUCCUGUUUCUCAAUA